AUGGAGACUUUAUUUCUACCAUUUUCCUUUUUCUCUGGCGAGUUUCUCGAGAAAAUUCCUAAAUUAAACAAUAUUACUGUUCAACCUUUGGAAGCGGUACAUGUUGGUAGUAGACCAAUCUCUCGUGCUCUUGUUGAACGUACAGCUUGGCAUAUAAAAAAAGAACGCAUGGAAAGUAAUAAGAAGGAUACACGUGGAAGUAAUAAAGUUGAAUCGGCUUUUGGAGAAUUUUUGAGAAUUGUUUACUUGGAGACGAGUACAGCUAAAAGAUCUAAGCAGAUCCAACCACUUAAAAGACCAAGAAAACCAAGUCAAAUCCCUAUUCGUGCAUGGAAUUACACAAGUCACCCCAGAAUAAACACUUCUCACUCGAAAAAAACAAUUCAACCGGUAGAAAUUAACAACAAAUGCAUUCAACAGUUAGACAACUUGACUAACAUGCCACUCUUACCGCCAAUAAACUUUACCAAGUGGCUCGAGGAGAACCAAGACAAACUCAAACCACCCGUAAACAAUUUCCUCAUUCAACGAGGAGACUUUAUAGUUAUGGCAAUUGGUGGUCCGAAUGCUCGUACUGACUACCACAUUAACCAGACAGAAGAAUGGUUCUAUCAGUAUAAAGGUGAUAUGCUACUUAAGGUGGUCGAAGGCAACGAGUUCAAGGAAAUUCCGAUCCAUGAGGGUGAUAUGUUCUUAUUACCUGGCAACACGCCACAUAGCCCUAUAAGAUUUGCCGAUACUGUUGGUAUCGUGAUAGAACGCAAACGUAGAUUGCAGGAGAUAGAUAUUCUCCAAUGGUACUGUGAAAAAUGUAAAAAUAUCGUAUAUCGCGAGUCGUUUCAUUGCUACGAUAUAGGCGUACAAUUAAAACCCAUUAUGGAUAAGUACGCUAAUAAUGUGAAUUUGAGGACUUGUCAUGAUUGUGGACAUGUAAAUUCGACAGUAAAUUAUUCAUAA